AUGAGCUCAUACGGCUCAUUUCUGGCAGCACCCAGUGGUAUUGCAGCAGAGAUAGAAGUUUCCCCGGACAACAAAUUCAUCAUCGCUUCUAAUCGCAACGAUUUAACGUUUCGGAUACCGAGUCCAACCCCAAUUAAUCAGACUACAGAGCCUUCCGACUCUCUCGCUGUCUUCGAGCUGAUGAACAAAGGCACGUUGUCUUUCGUACAGCUGGAUCCCGCAGGCGGAUCAUGGCCGAGACAUUUCAAGCUGAAUAUGAAAGGGGAUUCGGUUGCUAUGAGCUUGCAGACUACGACUUGUGUAGCAAUCAUGAAGAGGAUAUAG